UUAACUGUUUCAGGAAAAGGACAAAAACUCUGUGAAAUUGAAAGGAUACAAUUCUUUCUGAGUAAAAAGAAGACGGAUGAACUUAGGAACCUGCACAAACUCCUCUACAACAGGCCAGGCACUGUUGCUUCCCUAAAGAAGAAUGUGGGUCAGUUCAGUGGGUUCCCAUUUGAGAAAGGAAGUGACCAAUACAAGAAGAAGGAAGAAAUGUUAAAAAAAUUUAGAAAUGCAAUGUUGAAAAGUAUCUGUGAAGUUCUUGACUUGGAAAGAUCAGGAGUUAACAGUGAGCUGGUAACCAGAAUCUUAAACUUCUUAAUGCACCCAAAAUCUUCAGGCAAGCCAUUGCCAAAGUCCAAAAAACCACCAAGCAAAGGUGGCAAAAAAGAACGCAGUAGUACUGGAACAACAAGGAAAGCAAAACGCACCAAGUGCCCAGAGAUCUUGUCAGAUGAAUCCAGUAGUGAAGAAGAUGAAAAGAAGGAAAAGGAUGAUUCUUCUGAAGAAAAAGAAAGUGAAGAUGAGCCUCCUAGAAAAACAUCUAAAAGAGAAAAAUCUAAAAAGAUGACUUCCAAAACCAAGAAAGCUGUGAAGGGUGCGAAUGUCAAGAAGGCAGAUAGCAGCACUACUAAAAAAAAUCAGAACAGUUCUAGAAAAGAAAGUGAGUCUGAGAAUAGUUCAGAUGACGAACCUUUAAUUAAAAAGCUGAAGAAACCACCCACAGAUGAAGAACUUAAGGAAACCGUCAAGAAAUUGCUGGCCAAUGCAAACUUGGAGGAGGUCACAAUGAAACAAAUUUGCAAGGAGGUAUAUGAAAACUAUCCUAGUUAUGAUUUAUCUGACAGGAAAGACUUCAUUAAAGAAACAGUCAAAGAGUGUCUUGACCUGAUGGCCUCACAUCUCAGAAGUUUCUGUUCUCCAUACAUCGCGUUGCAAACAUGGGGAGUCAGUCGUACGCUUAAAAUCAUGGAACUAUUGGUUGCCAAAGUGUGGGCUGCCAUUAAUGCCAUGAGCACGGUAUCCCUCUGA